AUCACAAUAUUAGUGAGUCUUUUACAUGAUAUUGUGUUUUUAAAAAAAUGGGGAACUAGGGCUUGUGAUGGUAAAUAUCUCAAUCUUACUGACCAACCGGAACAAUGAAGCUAGAUGGUAGGCUGUAUGUUGGUCAUGUGCAUGGUGGUCGGUGCACCACCUGAACUGCGCAGAUUAUAUAGGCUAUAAUUAAGUUUGAUCAAUCUGUGCCUAACAGCAUUUAAGGGACUCAACUGUAACACCGACUUCCUCUCCCCAACUCCUACGCACGUGUUUGGCUCAUGUAAACUUUCUGUUCCCACCUGAAUUCACAUGUGUUUAAGACAUGGUUACCAUGUUACCAAGGUAAUUAUACUCACCUUAAUAUUAAUAGUUAAUGUAAUAAGUACACAUUAAUCCACAUGCUAGCCAUAGAUAACGAGUUUAUACAUAUAAUAUCAAUAGAUAAAACAUAACGAGUGAAGUGUAAACACUAUAUGAUAGUGUGAGUAAUUUCACUCAGAAAUUACUCAUCAAUAACACCAACAUAUUCAUCCAAUGAUCCGAUGAUAAGUCUUGUCACUCGACCUUCCAUUCACCCAAUUUCCUCUCUAUAUAAAUCACCAGACUAUGUUGCCUUACUACUCACCCAAGUCCCCAAACUAAUCAAGUGAAAUUUUCAUACACAAUUUUUUCUCUGAGCAUCAAAGUCAUUAUUUAUGGCUAGCUAUGCAUUGAUUAAGCUUGCUGUGUUUGUGGCCUUGUGCAUGGUGGUGAGUGUACCCAUAGCCUAUGCCAUAACAUGUGACCAAGUCUCCCACAACCUCGUUCCAUGCCUAGACUACUUGAGGAAUUGCGGUGCUGUCCCUGAACCUUGUUGCAGAGGAAUUAGCAACCUCAAUGACUUGGGAAGAACCACCGCUGAGCGCCGGACCAUUUGCAAUUGUCUGAAACAAAAUGCUCCUAGCUUGACCGGAGUUAAUCCAACCUUGGCAGAAGAGCUUCCCGCCAAGUGUGGAGUCAAUGUUCCUUACAAGAUUAGCCCCAACCCAAACUGCGCAAACGUGCAGUGAACUUGAUGGGAGAUUAAUUUUUCGGCCCCAAAUAAUAUGAGAGUGAAAACAAAGUGUGAUUCCUCAUAGUCCCUAGUACUUCGAUUUUCAUCCACAUGGUGAUGAAUAUUGU